UCGGACCAGGAUGGCCGUGGCACUGGAUGAAGUUUGGGGGCGGGUGAAGAAUGUGUGCAAGCAGAACGGACUCCUCAUCCUGUCCGUGUUGGCCGUGGUUAUCGGCUGUCUGCUGGGCUUUUUCCUCAGGGGAAAGCAGCUCUCUGAGCAGGAGGUAAAAUACUUCCAGUUUCCAGGAGAGCUACUUAUGAGGAUGUUGAAAAUGCUGAUUCUGCCACUGGUCGUUUCCAGUUUGAUGUCAGGGCUGGCAGCCCUAGAUGCCAAGUGCUCCAGUCGCCUGGGCAUCAUGACCGUCUCCUACUACCUAUGGACCACGUUUGUGGCGGUGGUGGUUGGCAUUGUCAUGGUCUCCAUCAUCCACCCAGGUGGCGCCGCCCAGAAGGAGGAAUCCGAUGAAAGCAGCAAGCCAAUCAUGAGCUCCGCUGAUGCCCUGUUGGAUCUCAUUCGCAACAUGUUCCCAGCCAACCUGGUUCAAGCCACUUUUCAACAGUACCGGACCCAGAGCAUUCCCAUCAUGAAAUCUCCCAAGCCUACGGUGGUACAGGACCUCACAGAGAGCACCACACGCAGGGUCUUCAUCUACGGUGUCCAAGACGACAACGGCACCGACAUCCAGAACUUCUCCCUGGACCUGACGCCGCCACCGGACAUCCUCAUGCGUACGCUCCCUGGCACGAGCGACGGCAUGAACGUCCUGGGGAUCGUCAUCUUUUCUGCCACCAUGGGCAUCAUGCUGGGUAGAAUGGGGCCAAACGGCAGCGCCUUGGUCAACUUCUGUCAGAGCUUGAAUGAAGCCGUCUUGAAGAUUGUGGCCAUUGUCAUCUGGUAUUUCCCCUUCGGCAUCGUCUUCUUGGUGGCCGGGAAGAUCCUGGAGAUGGAUGACCCGUCUGCCAUGGGUAAGAAGCUGGGCUUCUACGCCAUCACCGUGGUGAUGGGCCUGAUACUGCAUGGCCUCUUUAUCCUGCCGGCCAUGUACUUCUUCAUCACCAAGAAGAGCCCCAUCGUCUACAUCAGGGGCAUCCUGCAGGCCCUGCUCAUCUCCCUCGCCACGUCGUCAAGCUCUGCCACGCUGCCUAUCACCUUCAAGUGCCUCCUGGAGAACAACCACAUCGACAGGCGCAUCAUCCGCUUUGUGCUCCCCGUGGGCGCCACCAUCAACAUGGACGGCACUGCUCUCUAUGAAGCUGUGGCGGCCAUCUUUAUUGCCCAGGUCAACAACUAUGAGCUGGACUUUGGCCAGAUCAUCACCAUCAGCAUCACGGCCACAGCUGCAAGCAUUGGUGCUGCAGGAAUUCCACAAGCAGGCCUGGUCACCAUGGUGAUUGUGCUAACAUCAGUGGGUUUGCCCACUGAUGACAUCACGCUCAUCAUUGCUGUGGAUUGGGCUUUGGAUCGUUUCCGCACCAUGGUGAACGUGAUGGGGGACGCCUUGGCUACGGGCAUUAUGGCUCACAUCUGUAGAAAAGACUUUGUGAAAGAGGGGGAGCAGGUGAGGGUGCCUCUGAUCUGCGAGACCAAGCCCAUGAUCAGCAUCCAGCAGAUGAUGACCUACCAGAACCAGAAGAACGGCUGCUUCCAGCCCCCUCCUCCAGGGGUCAAGCAGGACCACAUGUCCCCUGACGUGGCCCGUCUGAUCCAGCUGGAGGAGGGGGUCCGGCCAGCUGAGAAGAAGAAACACGCCCACCACAGACGGGAGCACAAGGAUAAGGAACACUGCUCCAUAGACAUGAAUGGGCUGGAGACAAACGUAUAG